UGACCAGUAUGCUUAAAAUCGGAAGCAGAAUAGGCUGUGGCUCCUACGGUGAUGUUCACGAAGCCAUUGACAUUAAGAAGAAGAAAUAAAGUUGCUGUCAAGAUCUUCAAAGAUCCUUUCAAAGAUGUUAAGAAGUGAAUGGACCAACCUGAGGUUAAGGUCAUGACCAAGAUCAAGCAUCAAAACUUAGUCACCCUGAAAAGAGUUAUAUUUGAAAAGAGCAAGCUUUACCUCGUAAUGGAGCUUUGCCAGAUGAGCCUCUCGGAACUUAUUGAGAACAAACUCAAGGUGAAGGAGAAGUUCUCAACCCAAGAAAUUCAAAAGUACAUGACUGAUAUCAUAAAAGGUGUCCAACACUUACAUUCAUGCGGUUAUAUACAUAGGGAUGUUAAGCCGGACAAUAUCUUGGUGGAUGAGAAAGGCUCCCUCAAGCUGACUGAUUUUGGUACUAUCAAAAACAUGAAGGACAAACUCCCCUUCACAAAUUAUGUCUCUACUCGGUGGUACAGAGCUCCUGAGUGCAUCCUCGAAGUUAAGAAAUAUGACGAGAAAUCAGACGUGUUUGCUAUAGGCUGCAUAUUUGCCGAGCUGUUCAAACUAAAACCGAUGUUCUGAGGAAGCUCUUCUUCUGAUCAGUUGUAUAAAUAUAUCGAUGCAAUGGGAGACGGACAGCUGAAAAAGUGGGCAGAAGGUAGUAAAUUAGCCAAGAAAUUCUGGGUGAGUAAAUCAAAAUCCCACACACCAAAACUACAGGAAGUAAUGCUUGGGAUGUCUUACCAUGCAUUCGAUCUUCUCAGCCAAAUGCUAUGAAUAAACCCGGACGAAAGGAUCUCCCUUGACAAGGUUCUAAAACAUCCAUUCUUUGAUACGAAAGCAAGCAUCCUAAAACCCAAAUUCUUUGCUAAGAUUCCUUCCACUAGAACUGAGAAGAAAGAUGAUGCACAUGAAUCUUCUGAUGACAAAUUUAAGCCAAAGAAAAUUAUUAAGAAUUAUAUCACAAAGCUGAAGGAUCGAGAGAACAUAAGCUUAUCAAAGGUUAAUGAAUGCGAGAACGAGACUUCAAGGGAGAUGACACCUUAUAAAAAGUACAAAAUCAAAGUUUCGGAAGAGCGCUCAAAAAGCAAGUUCUACUUUCAAAAAGAUACCCAGGGAAGUCCUAGUGACGAAAUGAUGACUGGAAUAUCUUCUUCUCGAGAACAUUUCAAUUUUGGAGAUAAGCUAAGUGACGGCCAAGAACGUCCGAUGGGAAUGAAAAGAGUCUCAAGCUUACCCCGACUCACUUCUUCUCCAGAUGCAAGGAGCUUUGUACCUUCUUCUGAAAGCUGGAGAUUUAACAAUGUACAAAAACCUGAGGUUAAGUUAUCCAAAAGUAGACAAAACUCAGCCCAUUCGGGGUCUUCUUCAAGUGGAGAUGAGCUAGAUAUUCUUCAAAAGAAGGUAGAAGAGCAGAAGACGGUGCCUUUGCCUAGCCUCAAAAAUUACUUGGCUGUUCCAAUGCAAAGCAACUCAAGAAGCUCUCUGAGUAUCAGCAAGGAGGAAGAACUUAACAAGAUAGACAAAUAUUUCCAAGAUAUUCGUGGAAAUAGCAUUUUAAGCACACUAAGCUCAUCAAACGACUUAUUUUCUAACAUCACAACGAAAAACGAGUCAAGGAGAGGCUCCAUUGGAAAUACAGGACAUACAGUAAGAGGGCUCAAUGCAGGAAACCAAGUAGUCUUUGGAAGUGGGACUCAGAGUAUACCGAAUUUCCCUUCUCUACGUUCCAAUGACAAUCACCUCUAUUCUCAAUCAAGGCAGUAUUAUUAA